AUGAAGAAUGCUUCUUUAGCAGAAAAAAAAAAAAAUACUCCACCAUUCAACAUUCAACAAGAGUCGGACUCUCUCGUUUCCUCUCUCUCUCUCUCUCUGAAAAAUAAUCAAAUCUUUGAACAAUCCGAACAUCUAAAGGAAAAACAGCUAUCAUUGAAGCCAAUUUUAUCGAAUCAGAUACCAUGCACGCGAUCUAAUCGAUACCAAAACUCAGGAGCUGCCAUUCACCAGUUAUAUCACCAAUCAGACCAGAUCGAACCCUUCCGUUUAACCGGUUCCCAUUUCCAAAUCUUGGACAACAAUGGCUACCCCGGUGACACCGUCACCAGCCGCCACCAAGAAACCUCCAUUGUUUCCGGCAACGCCUUCAACGACCAAUUCUUCACCUUGGAAUCAUCUCCAGCCCUAGAAAUCUACAAUUCUCCAUUCACCAGCGUCUCUUCAAACACCCGGAGCCCAUUUUCCCCACAAGGCUCUUCCCAAUCAUGCGUUUCAAAUCUCCACAACUCAUCACCGGAAAACACAUACGGGUCACCCAUCAGCAAUGAGCGAUUUAUAAGAGAUGUGGCAAUGGAACUACUUGGAGAAUCCGAUUUCGAAGAUGGGUCAAUCACAAGCUCAUUUCAAAACGUCAAUAAGAACAAUAAAUUGCUCCAAAUGGAAAUUUCAAAUCUUGAUUUGAAACAAACCCUCAUCUUAUGUGCUCAAUCGAUGGAUGAUGGUGGUGCUAAAGAAAUCACCGAAACUCUCAUGGAACAUAUUCAAACCAAAGUUUCAGUAACGGGUGACCCGAUUCAACGAUUAGGCGCCUACAUGCUCGAAGGCCUUCGAGCCCGAAAACUCUCCUCGGGAUCCGCAAUUUACAAAAAACUAAAAUGCUACGAACCAAGCCCAAAAGAUCUCAUGUCCUACAUGUCAACCCUCUACGAAAUCUGCCCGUAUUACAAAUUCGCGUACACGUCAGCAAACGUUGUCAUCAAAGAAGCAUUCCAAUACGAAAACCACGUCCACGUCAUCGACUUCUUAAUCGCACAAGGCAGUCAAUGGGUCCAACUCAUUGAAGACCUGGCUCGGCGGCCUGGCGGGCCGCCGAGCCUACGAGUUACCGGCGUUGACGACGGUGACUCAUCUUAUGCGCGAGCCGGUGGGCUCGACAAGGUCGGCCAACGGCUCGCGCAGGUCGCAGAGGCGAACGGUGUUCCGUUCGAGUUCCAUGCGGCCGCAAUAUCAGGAAGUGAGGUUAAUUGGGGGAACCUUAGGGUUUACCAGGGUGAAGCCCUAGCGGUUAACUUUCCUUACAUGUUGCACCAUAUGCCGGAUGAGUCGGUUAGCACGGUUAACCACCGUGACCGGUUGAUACGGUUGGUUAAAAGUUUGUCUCCAAAAGUUGUUACGCUUCUUGAACAAGAAUCGAACACGAAUACUUCCUCGUUUUCAAAACGGUUUGAAGAGGCUCUUGAUUAUUACACGGCUAUGUUUGAGUCGAUUGAUGCGAAGCUUCCGAAGAACAUUGAGUUACCACGGGGCGAUAGGCGGAGGAUUAGUGCGGAGGCGAAUUGUGUGGCUCGUGAUAUGGUGAAUAUAGUGGCAUGUGAGGAUACGGACCGGGUUGAACGACACGAGCCGUUGGCUAAGUGGCGGUUUCGGUUUCAGGCGGCCGGGUUCACGGCUAGCCCGAUUAGCCAUGCGGUGGCUCAAGCGGUUCAAGGGGUUUUGAGUGAGUAUAGUGAGGGGUAUAGGCUUGGUGAGAGAGAUGGUGCGCUUGUUCUUGGGUGGAAGAAUCGACCGAUGGUAACUUGUUCGGCUUGGAGGUAUAUUCUUUGUGUAUACGUGUUAGCAAUCUACCGUCUCUUUAUCUUCCCCCACUGUAUUGCGUCUGCACGAUCAGAUCGAUAUGUUCUGGAUUCUUCUCAUAUUUCUGCUUCAUACUUUUCUCGCCAUCAACCACACAUAAUCGAAACUCCACUAACCUUUGGUGGGAUGAGCAACCUCCGACUUCUUGAGCAUGUCGAUGUUCCUGAAAAGCAUCGAUCGGCGCCGCUACCACCAUCUGUCGUUCCGAGAGUUUGUAAGAAGCGAUUGAGCACCGCCAUCGCCACGUCUGCGUGGGUUCGUGUCAGAUUAGGGCUCGAUUCUGCCACCUCCAACUUCUUCAGCAUGUCGAUGUUCCUGAAAAGCAUCGAUCGGCGCCGCUACCACCAUCUGUCAUUCCGAGAGUUUGUAAGAAGCGAUUGA